AUGACCAAGGUCAAAGGUCAUUUGCACAUAUGUAAUAACAAUAGACAAAACCUUAAUUUGAUUUCUAAUAAGAAUGAUAACUUUUUCAGGGUACCACAAGGUUUGAAUUACUUUGGUGUCUUGAGCUAUUCUGAUGCCUUGAAGAAAAGACUGGUUAAUGAGACUAAGCUGUUUACUCCAGGAGAGAGAUUAGAGGUGGAGAUCAGAGGAUGCUCUAUCUGGGCUGUAGAGUUGAUCUUACAAGAGAUGAGAAAGAUACGUGAAGGAGACCCAAGUAAAGAUGACAUGAUAUUGAAUAGUAUCAUCAUUGACUUCUAUCUCUGGACUUACUGCAAAGAUCAUAGAGAAGACAUGGAACAUAUACCAAUACACAAGAUUAGAUCCAUCUACUAUUGAGGAUCAUAGAGAAGGCAUGGAACAUAUACCAAUACACAAGAUUAGAUCCAUCUACUAUUGAGGAUCAUAGAGAGCCAAAAGUGGGGGGCUGACCAUGCUAAAAAUCACAAUCGUAUGGUCAUUUUUACGUUUUUGUACACGGUUUUGGAAAAAAGUGGGGGGCUGAAGCCCCCUCCCCCCCCCCCCCCCCCCCGGUUCCGCUGCCCCUGUUUCUUUCUGUCCAUCCAUUAACUUUUCUGUGUAAAUGCGAUAACUUCAGUUUGAAUAGGCUCAUAUAAUUUGGUGAUUAUGAUACUAGCAUGGAUCCCAGGAAGCCUCUUGAUUUUAAGGUCAAAAUUUCAAGGUCAUACUGACAUGUUUCAUCUUACCCUUCUGAAGUCCUUGUAAACGUGACAAGUUUAGUUUAACUUUAGGCUCAUAUAAUUUGGUUUGUAUGAUACUAGCAUGGAUCCCAGAAAGCCUGUUGAUUUGUAGGUCAAAAGGUCAAAGGUCAAGUCACCACCUUUCACUUUUCUUGCUUGACCAAUAAUGCCAUUUUCCGUGUUACAGGUGGGCGUAUUAUGUGCUCGCCCUAGCGACACUUGUUCUUUUUAGUCUUACAUACAUUUUGAAACAAUUUGCAAUGACCGGAUAGGUUAUAUCUAAUUAAACAUAAUUUUUUUUAAAUUAAAAUUUAAUUGUUUGAAGUAUGGCAUAGGGCGAUUCCACACUAGAACUUCAAAAAUAUCAUAAAUUUAAACAUGCUUUCAAUAAGUCAUAAGUAGUGUAAUAUUUUACUAUGAUACCUAAAUUUUAUGAAAAUUAUGAGUUUUAACCAAAAGUGAAGUCAGAUAUAGUUUUUUUGGGGGGGAACAAUGGAAUUUUCAAUUUUCAAUAACUUUGCUAAUUAAAUAGUCAAAUACAAACACUGCCUGAAACAAUUAUUGGCAAAGCACGAGAAGAUUGAAAAUAUUGCAGGUCAA